UGAGGGGCAAAGAUUUAGAACUCUUGCCGGGGGAGCACUCCUUGCAAAGCAGCCCUGGAAGCCGGAGGCCGGUGGAAGAAAGGCUCCGGUGACAGGAGAACAGGCCAGUGGCUCAGGCUCAACACCAGAGCACCCUAGAAAGUUCAACCAAAAGAAUGCUAAUGUUCGACCCCGUCCCUGUGAAGCAAGAGGCCAUGGACCCGAUCUCGGUGUCCUACCCGUCGAAUUACAUGGAGCCCGUGAAGGCCAACAAGUACGGAGUCAUCUACUCCGCGCCUUUGCCGGAUAAGUUCUUCCAGAACUCGGAAGGCCUGUCCCAUGUGCAGCUGGAGCCUGUGGACCUCACCGUGAACAAGCGGGGCUCGCCGCCUGCGCCCGGGGCCUCCCCUUCCUCCCUGAAAUUCCAGCCGCCGCACCGCCGCGCCUCGCCCGGGCUGAGCAUGCCUCCUUCGAGCCCCCCGAUGAAGAAGUACUCGCCCCCGCCAGCCGGCGUGCAGCCCUUCGGCGUGCCGCUGUCCAUGCCCCCGGUCAUGGCCGCCGCGCUCUCCCGGCACGGCAUCCGCAGCCCGGGCAUCCUGCCCGUCAUCCAGCCGGUGGUGGUGCAGCCUGUCCCCUUCAUGUACACAAGCCACCUGCAGCAGCCACUCAUGGUCUCCUUGUCCGAGGAGCUGGACAAUUCAAACAGCAGCAUGCAAGUACCUGUAAUCGACUCCUAUGAGAAGCCUAUAUUACAGAAAAAAAUUAAAAUAGAGCCGGGGAUCGAGCCACAGAGGACAGACUAUUAUCCUGAAGAACUGUCACCCCCUUUAAUGAACUCAGUGUCCCCCCCGCAGGCGUUGUUGCAAGAGAAUCACCCCUCCGUCAUCGUUCAGCCGGGGAAGAGACCGCUGCCUGUGGAGUCUCCAGACACGCAGCGGAAGCGCAGGAUACACAGAUGCGACUACGACGGGUGCAACAAAGUGUACACGAAGAGCUCCCACUUGAAAGCACACAGGAGGACGCACACAGGCGAGAAGCCCUACAAAUGUACCUGGGAAGGCUGCACAUGGAAGUUUGCUCGGUCUGAUGAACUCACCAGACAUUUCCGGAAACACACUGGCAUCAAACCCUUCCAGUGCCCAGACUGUGACCGCAGCUUCUCCCGCUCCGACCACCUCGCCCUACAUAGGAAACGCCACAUGCUGGUGUGAACGCCACCAUCCCUGCCUCCUCGGCGCAACGCCCCACCCUCCUGGCUCUCUCUCUGCCCGCCUGCCCAUCACCUAACUCAUUUUUUACAUGUACAUGUUCAUUUGGAUUCAGCUGGUCUGAAUCUUGGAAUUUAUAUCAUUCAAACUUCCGUACGGUCAUUAGCAGAUCUUCUCUAACCCUCCUCCUCCUCACCACGGGUCAGACCUAAAGAAUGUGAACACUUUUGUUUUGUUUCGUUGUUUCCUCUUUCCCCCGGGGAUGCUAAGCAAACCCUUCUUACACAUACGUUUAAUGUACUAAGAACAAGGGAACUUGUAAACUAACAUAACCAGUUGUUGGCCUCUCGAUGUAUUCCUCAAAAGAAUGUCAAAGUAAAUGUAUUAGAAAUACAGUAUCCAGCCUGCUAGUCCUUGCCAGAGACUUAGACCUGUGUUCCCAUGGUGGGCUCCGCGGUGGAAAGAAUGGCGGAUCCUCCCAACACUUGGUUAGCUAGACGCGCAGUGAGAGGUCAAGCUAAUUCCGUCCGCGCUUCCGCUGCCCACCACGAGUCUUGCUGUCCGACCUGGAUUUAUCGCUGCAUCUAAAUUGAGGCGUCACCCUCCGUUGGUCCAGCAUUCGUUUGGAGGUCUUUGCCACCAUUGGGAGGUGAGCCAAAGUUGCUGCUUUAGGUGGGUGAUGCGUCCCUGCUGGGCCACCUUGACUGGGUCGAUGCUGUGGUACACACCAUGGAGUUGGAGCCAAGGGGCGCUGAGCGGGCGUCAGCAGAGGCAGACAGAGGAGGGAGCCAGCCAUUCUUUCCGGGCUCUGGGUUUUCGGCGGGAUUUCCACAUUGGGCCGGCUGUGCGUCGCCUCAGCCCAAAGCUUUACUCUGUACACAUAGGGCGACACUGCCAUCCAAAUGCCGAUGGGGUGACCAUACGACCGUCUCUGUUCCUUACCACGAAAACCCGAGCAUUUUCCCUGGAGGCAGCACAAAGGUAUUGACCUAGUCGUGAUAAGAAUCGUUUAGGUAAAUAUGCGCAUGGUCUUUUUUGACCCAACUAGCUAACAGGGAAAUCUUGGUACUUAAUUCCCACCUCAAAUGAAUCAUGUAGCCUCUCGAGAGAAACUCUUCGGUGUGAGCUGGAAGGAGCCAACUUGACUGCCGUUUGUGUUGUGGAAACACAUUAAUCAGCAUCCACUAAGGCUGUAGUAGUUUAAUUGGAUCUAAGCCGCGGGUUACAGGAUUUGCAAACGGAACAGUGAGGAAGCAGCACACAGCUUGCUUUGUGGGACAGGUUUCUUAAAAAAAAAAAAAAACACACCGGGAAAACACAGUUCAGGGAUUCCCGGGUGUUGCUCCAAAAUCCCCCAAAGUGGGCUAUCGGUUGGAGUUGUCAGAGGAACAAACCAGAAGAACCAGCUCCUGUUGGAAGUCACGGCGCCACCGUCGCUGGGGGAAGGUUUUCAUUCAAAAGCAGGCUUUUGAGUCCGUCCCGCCAUCCAGAUGCCAAGAAAAGGAAUUCACGCGUCGAAAUGCCCUUGGUCCUAAAGUCACAGAAAGUGGGUACCCGUAACCAAACAGACCUUCGUCCCUUGAGAAAGGAUGCGGGAGGAGAGAGAAGACAAGACGACUCCUGCAGGUUCAUCGCAGCCACAACUCAGGAUCCAGCUCAACCGGACUGGGAGCCGUGCGUUGUGAGUCGUCGUUUGAUCCAACAACCGGGAAGGAGCGGAGGCCCGUGGGUGGCGCGGGGAGCUUGCUUCGGGGCUGCCACGCUACUACAGGGCCGUUAACGGAGCUUUGCUCCUGAGACCUCACCCGCCCCGCCCUGGGAACUCCUGCAAGGAAAUGACGUGGAGAAACGAGAGAAGCCAUGUGAUACCUGGCACUUGGGUUUGAUUUGCUUUCUUUUUUUUUAAGCGCUGCAAAUUGAUCUUUCGCAUCUUAGAGGGCAUCCUGAUUGAGUUGUCUCUUUUGUUGUAACUGUGUCACCAAGUGAGGGAUAAAAGUGGAGAAACAGGCAGCAUUGUGUGCAUUGCCCAUGCUUAGUCACGCUCUGCCCGAAGCGUCCCCGUCUCGUUCUAACACAAGGGACGGAAGCAUCUAUGGAAUGUAAGGAACAUGUUUGCUUGGACAGGGCUAGCCAGUUCGUGUGUCCGACCGUGUGGAGGAGGAAGAGAAGGGGCAGGCAGAGAGGACCGUGGUCUUCGCCUCGAGUCUGAGUCGAACGAUAGAAAGCUUCAUGGGUCCCCAUGCACUUGAAUGGGUUUGCUAUAGCAUGUUUAGAUGAUGUUCAAGAGAGCGAGGAAGACCCAACCCUCGCCCUGGCACUACCGGACGGCUUGGCUGAUGUGAGCAGUUCCUUGGCAAAGGUCCAUUUUCACACGUUGAAAAGAAAAGCACCCCGAGCCCAUGGGCUACCCCAUGCUGUUCUCUGGGCUUCAAUUUCCCAAUGGUGCUUACCAAAUGUCCCUUCUAUGUAUAUUUGUAUUCUACCGUGAUAGUUGAGAAAUUCAGUCUCUUAGUCAUUUUUAGCUGUGACUGUGGAAGACCUCAAACACAAGAUAGUCUUAGGAUGCCCUUGAGCGUGUGGUUUUCAUGGUGUGCCAUUGCUGCCCGUCAGCAGUGGUUUAAUGGUCAAGUGGUGAGGAUAUAAAACACGAACUCAGCAUCAUGUCACUUCUGUUCAUUAAUAGGAUUUCUUGAUUAUUUUUACCUGGGUGCCACCUUGGGGAAGCGGUCUGAGCAAUUCGAUCGGCACCCAUCCUGUUUUCGUUUUACAAUGUGAAUCCACACCGUACAUGGGCAUUAAUGUAAAUCGCGUUGUUUGGCAAAGGUGUUUCUCGGCACAGCUCAGUUCAAUUAAGGAGAUGCUAGAUCGCAGAAGUUUCGAGAGCUUUUGAACAGAAUUGACAGGGGGACUAGAGAAGUAUGUCUAUUUUAUUUUGUUAAACACCCAUCUGCACAAUCAGUAUUGCACUAAUGUGGAAUUUCGAAGGCUGUACAGCUGAUAACUGUGUAUCUGCACGUCAUUCCCGGUGAGAUUGUUUUAAACACAGCCUCCUGAGAGCUGUGACUCAACAGUGAUUCGGUCGGUUUGGAAAUACAGAGCAUAGUCUUGAAGGAAUUCCUGUCACACAUGAAGUGGCUGCAAGUUUGUCUUUAUUCUUGCGUCGAGGUUAACAAUUCCUAAAUGAUUGCAAAUUUACUUAAGAAAUAAUACAUUUACAAAGCCAUCCUACGUGCAUUAAACGAGGGCUACAACAAUAUUAUGUUUUACAAAUAAUAGCACUUUUUUUUUUUUUUGCUGUUAUGUACUUAGUGUUAGAGGGUCAAAAUAAUCUUUUCUGCUUAGCAUCUCUUAAACCAGACCUGCAAUGUAGCAGGGUUUUACAUUUACAGUACUUUAAUACUUGUAUAAACUAUGCAGAAAUUUUUAAUAAAGUGUAAUAUAUUUUAUAAGCUAAUAAGACUGAAUGGGUAAAGGUUUUUAGCAUGCAUUAGUAUACUUGCAGAUACUGAAACAUUUUGGUAAUCUUUCUUACUAAAGAUGUGAAUGUUUAAUGUACCUUCUCUGUUUCUACUCUGUAGUCCAAUGGGAAUUCAGUAAUGACAUUUUGUCAUGUCAAACUGUGAACAUAAAUUUGUACUGUACAGUCCUCAUAUACUAUAUAUAGUAUGCAAUAUAUGUAUUAUAUACUUGUUAAUAAAACCAUCAGAAUAUUAAA